CCGAGAAGUAGUUAAGAAGGCAGCCAGGAACUUUGCAGAGGUUUUGACUGAGCUUUAAGGCUGUAGGGAGGAAAAGAACAGAAACACAACAAAAUCACUGCGAGCACAGCGAAAGUAAAGUUGAACUUAACGGAAACUGUGAAACGGAGCAUGGUGCAGCAGACGGAGAGCAGCAUGUCCCGGGAGGCUACGGACACCGAGGAGGCAGAGCUAACGGCGUGCAGCCCGGUUCCUCCGAAGCCAGACUGGUGCAAGACGGCGAGCGGCCACAUUAAGAGACCAAUGAACGCGUUCAUGGUGUGGUCCAAGAUCGAGAGGAGAAAGAUCAUGGAGCAGUCACCGGACAUGCACAAUGCUGAAAUCUCCAAACGGCUGGGAAAACGGUGGAAAAUGCUGAAGGACAGCGAGAAGAUCCCGUUCAUCAGGGAAGCCGAGCGGUUACGGCUGCAGCACAUGGCCGAUUACCCCGACUACAAGUACAGACCCAAGAAGAAGCCAAAGCUUGACAACUCUUCAAAGCCGACCGGGCUCUCGCCAGAGAAGAGUGGCAGCAAACCGGCGGUCAAAGCACCGGCAAAGAAGUGCACGAAAGUUAAGCCCAGCAAGCCCGGCAUCGGAGUCACCGCCACCCCGAAGCCCUCUCAUCACCAAGACGUGAGGUACAACUACGUAUUCACGAACUUAAAAGUGACCAAGUCCGUUAAGAGGGAGCUCACGGACGACGAAGACGAUGAUGAAGAUGACGACGACGACGAUGAGGACGACGACUACGAUGAUGAGCUGCCCGCUCGGAUUAAAGUGGAGGAGGAAGAGGACGAGCACGAGCAGCAGAGGCUGAGGCCGUACGGCGUGGCCAAAGUGCCGGCGAGUCCCACGCUGACCUCCGCCGCGGAGCCGGAGGGUGCGAGCAUGUACGAGGAGUCGAGACACGGCGGCAGACUUUUCUACAGUUUCAAGAACAUCACGAAGCAGAGCUCGUCUCACUAUCUCCCCGCCUCUUCCUCUUCUUCAUCCUCCUCGGCUUCUCCAGCCUCCUCUUUCCGCUCCUUCUCCACCUCGUCUAGUUCGGGCGACGACGCGGACGACCUGCUGGUCGACUUCAGUUUGAACUUGGCCGCUGGCACCCACGGAGCGGAGCUUGGCAGCGGCUCGGGAAACCUUUGCCUUUCGCUGGUGGAUAAGGAUUUGGACUCGUUCAGUGAGGGCAGCCUCGGCUCCCACUUCGAGUUCCCGGACUACUGCACCCCAGAGCUGAGCGAGAUGAUAGCCGGCGACUGGCUGGAGGCGAACUUUUCUGACUUGGUGUUCACUUGCUAAGCAUAGCUAGCUAGGCUAGGCUAGGCUAACUCACUCCGCUAGCCGGCAAAACGACUCGCAUCUUCAGGUUUUUUUUAAAGACUCGCCUCUUUGGCCUCGUCCUCUGUCGGUGUCGAGAGAGGAACCGAAACCACAAGCGUUUUGAGGAAGGUUUCAUCGCAAAAAAGUGACAUUUGUCGCCAUGACAGGGUUUUAUGGGUGUAUUAUUUUUUCUUUCUGUGAGGGGCCGCAGUGAAACUGCUAAACAUGAGGUGGACGGCAAAGUGUAAAACCUGAACUAUGCAUUCACGUCCCACCACAUCUUCUCUACAGGGAGCUGAAACGCGGUUGCUGAUCUGAAAAUGGAGGCAAAAUCUGAAACACUGUUCAGGAUGUAACUUUUUCUCCGAGGUUUUAUGUGAUUUCUGUACUCCAACUGUUUGUUUUCUAACCGGUUCCUUUUCCCUUCAGGUGUGGAGAUAAAAAAAAAAAAAGCAGACAAACUGUUGUAGAACACAGGUAUGGCAGGAAGCAUUUUUUGAUACAUAACCAACAUACCUCAUCUUUUUAAAAAAAAGUGAAAUAUUUUCUGGCUUAUUUUUGUACAGUUAAAGGGAAUGUUCUUACUGUGCUCACAGUGAGGUUUCUUCAGGCACUUCUACCCGGUUUCAUUGGUUCAAGCAUGCAAGGGUUAAACAUGAGAUCAUCUUGCAUCUAAAUGCCUUGUUAUUAUUUCAGUCUAGACUGUGUACAGUUGUAGAUCUGACCAUGCGUUUCUAUAGAGAUGUACAAUGGAAUUGGGGAAUUAUAGACCUCAUUGCUGGUACUAGAUUCAAGAUUGUAUAUGUUGUGUAAUAUAGUAAAGCUAGGAGUUUAUGUAUAUCAGUGUGAAUGGGUCCCAAAUAGCAGGUGUGAAACAAGAAUGAUUUUUUUUGUUGGCUUUUGUUUAAUUUCUAUCAUCUUAAUGGCACAUUUUGUUUUUCAUUAUUUUGUGCAAUAUACUCUUGAAAUGGACCAUCUGCGUUUUGUAGCAAAGGAAAUGCGUUACAUGUCGUCAUGCUGAAGUCUGUAUCUUGGCAAAUAAAUCAGCUGGAACUGA